AUGAGUUCCAUGAAUUUGAACAAUUACGUUCUCACAAUUGCUUCGUUUAUGGCAGUUAUUUUAUGUAUAAUACCUGGUAUAUUUCACAUACAAAAUAAAAAUUGGGGAGCAAUAUUUAUGUCAUUUUGGGUAUCACUCAUAAACCUCAUAAUUUUCAUUAAUUCGAUACUUUGGGCCAAUGAUUUGGAAGACAAAGCACCCGCCUAUUGUUAUAUAACAGCACCACUUGUUAAUGCAGCACAUUUCGGUAUAUUAGCUUCUGCUGGAUGCAUGAUACACACUUUGCAUAAUUAUGUAGUGAAACCAACAUUAUUAACAGAACGUGUUAGAAGGAAUCAAUCCCGGAUAGAUUUUGUUUUAUCAAUCAUAGUACCUUUUAUUCUUACUGGACUGACAUAUUUAAAUGCUCAGUAUGUAUAUGGGAUCAGACCUGUUUUAGGUUGUUUUAUACAAGCAAGCCAGACUUGGGUUUAUAUUAUUGUAGAUGGAAUGUGGCCUGUACUAAUAUCUGGUAUAGGAUGUUAUUUUGCAGCACGAACUGCUUAUACCAUCAUAAGCAAAGGAUUAGAAAUUCAAAGUUUAUUAAAGUAUACCAAAUCUGGUUUAAAUACAACAAAGUUUUAUCGAUUGGUGUUGUUCUGCAUAAGUUUCUUGAUCUUUGCAUUUCCAACAGCUUGUUUAACAUUUUUCUCGAACGUUACACUUAAACCAUAUGAUUUUAAUGAAGUGCAUGGAAAUUUUAAUCAGCCGCAAACAUUUAAUAACGGAGUAACGUUUGUUGAUUAUGUUAAACCAUUGACAGGAUUAUUUGUGUUUGUAUUCUUUGGCACUGGACAUGAUGCAAAACGAGCUUAUUUAAGAUGGGCCAAAACAAUGAAAUUGGAUUUAUGUUAUGGAUACUGUUUAAAACUCAAAAAAUCAAAUAACAAAAUAUCCAGUAAUGCUACUACUAAUGCUGCUGCUACUACCACAAUAGGAAGAACUCCACCAAUGACAAAUAUAAAUAACAUAAAUAAACUUUCACCACCUACUAAGAAAAGCAAUUUCUUUUCAGGACAUCGUACACCAACUGAACAAGCACAAUUUGAUCUUACUAGUGGCAUAAGAAUCAGAAUCGAUGGAUUGGAUACAACAAUAAUAUCAAAUUUUGUUUAUGAUGGAGAUAGUUUUGGAAUUGUAAGUCAUAUUGAUGCUUUAUUAUCAGUUUAUCCUGAAGACGAGGAUCUACCAAUUGUGCAAAUUACCCCCAAUAAUAUAAUCUUUAAUUUAAAUUCCGCAACCUUUAAUUCAAAUACCAGCAAUGUUAAUAAUGCUAUACAAGAUUCGUCAUCAUUGUCACCAACAAAAUUAUUAAAAUCAAAACGUAAAAAACGAUCAAAUAAACCAAAAAGAACUCCACGUCCACCAAAUGCCUUUAUACUUUAUCGCAGAGAAAAGCAAUCCGAAGUGACUGCGAAAAAUGACAAAUUAACUAAUGCCGAUGUCUCAAAAGUUAUUUCAAAAAUGUGGUGGAAAGAAUCCGAACAAGAAAGGUUUAGAUGGGAAAAAACUGCCGAUCGUAUGAAAUUACUUCAUAUGCAAGAAUAUCCAGAUUAUGUUUAUAAGCCAAAAAAAUCUAUUAACAAAAAACGUAAAAAAAUCAUUCACCAAAAAAUCAACAACAACGCUGAAUCUACUUUUGCUGAUAAAACUAAAUGUGAAUGUGUUUCAUCUGCAUUAAAAAAUGAAUAA